CGGUGGUCAUGUGACAAUGAUCACAAUUAAGUUCAAGAUGGUGGAAAGUCAAUGUCAACCUCAGUAGAUUUUGUGAAAAGUAGUUUGGAAUUUUCUUUUUAUUAAUAAUGGCUUAUGGAACAUCAAGCAGUUUAUCGUACCAUUUAUAUGUCUCAUAUCUAGCAACAUUUAUAAUUACAGCCGUUGGUUUGUAUUAUGUUUUGACUGGUCAGGGAGGACGUUUUGAUAUUGGAUGGGUUCUUUCAUCUUCUUCACCAUUCAUGUGGGCUUGUAUUGGCUCUGGAUUGGCUGUUUCACUUUCCGUUGUUGGUGCUGCAUGGGGGAUUUUUACAACUGGUGUAAGUAUUCUUGGGGCAGGAGUCAAAGCACCCAGGAUUAAAACAAGAAAUCUUGUUAGUAUUAUAUUCUGUGAGGCAGUUGCAAUUUAUGGCAUAAUCAUGGCUAUUGUGUUGGUACAAAAAGUGGAGAAUGGUAGUUUACAAGAUAUUGAUGAAGUUAAAAAGCGAGAAUUAUAUGGUGCAGCUUACAAGAUAUUUGGAGCUGGUUUGACUGUUGGUCUUUCUAACUUAUCAUGCGGUAUUUGUGUUGGUAUUAUUGGUAGUGGUGCUGCUUUAGCUGAUGCACAGAAUGCUGCAUUGUUUGUGAAAAUUUUAAUUGUGGAAAUUUUUGGGAGUGCAAUUGGUUUGUUUGGUGUAAUUGUUGGCAUCAUUCAGACCAACAGUGCCAGUUUUUCAUUCUGACAAAAGAUUAUUUGUAUCAUCCUAAUACUUCAAGUAAUAUCAUUUAUUUAUGGAUAAACAAUUUAUGUCUUCACCGCUGUUAUGAUGUUUGAAAAAUAAACAAUGUGAUUUAUUUUAUGUCACAACUUGAUUAUGUGAUCAUUUAAAUUACAAAACCAUGAAUAUACACAAUCUAAAGACCAAAAAAGUACAUCUACGUACGAUAUUUUGUUGUGUUCAUAAUUUUUUGUCUUAAGCAUAUUAACUUUUAAUGAUUGACAUUAAUACAAAACCAAUAAAUCAAGUUGUAUUACAAUUAAAGGGUCUUUACUUCUUCUGAAAA